AUGUUGGCUCCUCCCCCUUACAUUGUUGUUGUUUUAACCCAGUCUGGACACAACAGCGAAGGCAACCCCUCACAGACAAGAGCAAGAUGUUGGGGUAUUUACUGGAGAAGAUGUAACAACUGGUCUGAACAAGUCAGUUUUGGCAUUCACCCUCCAUCCCACCAGCAGCAGGAUGGAGAUGCAGCAACAGCUGAUGCUCACGUGGAAACACCUGUAAGAUAUGCUCCCUAUGCCAUCGCACCCUGUCAUUGGAGAGGCGAUUUUCAGAAGCAGGACCAAACCCUCUUUAAAGUGGAGAGAGAGGAAAAGCCUGCAGAGAGAAGAAUGGAGAGGAAAAGUCAGGAUGAGGCCUCAGGGAACUGGUUCAAGAUCGAGAUUCCAUUCGGCAUAAAAUACGAUGAGAAGUGGCUGCUGAAACUGAUUCAGAAGCAGUGCAGCCCCUUCACUCCAGUCGAGUUUGACUGUGUGAAGAUGCAGGCCCAGUUCUUUGUUGAGAACGCCAGCAUUGCCUUCUCACAAAAUGCCAAUGGCAAGAUUUGGGCUGAUGAUAAUGAAAGGAUAAAUAUCUUUGUUAAGCCCCGGGAGGCCCCCCACUCUCUGCAGAAGGAGCUGAAGUCAGAAAAGGUGGGGCACAUCAAGCUGACCAUGGACAAGCAAUAUGGUGCCUUGCCACAAUCUCUCAGUGCCCAAAGACUCCUCUUUGACUCUGGUGUGGCUGUGGCACUUUUGCCUUUGAACCUGAGCUAUAAGAAACCCCAACAGCUGAAUGUCCUGUCUAACACCAUGCUGAAAACCUCCAGCAUCAAGAACUUGAACCUCUCCAGCAAUGAGGUGAAGUCUGCAGGGCUGUUGGACAAGGGCAAAGGGCUGGAGCUAGAAGAGAUGAGGGCUGACUCAAAACCACUGUGCACCACCUUCCAAGGUAAGUCAACCAACAUAAGCUCCAUCCUGCAAUUGUUCCCCAGGUUACUCCUCCUGGAUGGCCAGGACACACGGCCACCAACCAUCCCUGGUACUGAAGCCCGCAAGAUGUUACCGAGGUGCAUGGGAAGUGUCUUUGGAUCCGAUGCGCUGGAGAGUCUAGUCCUGCCAUUCCUGCAGCAGUAUUACAUGAUCUAUGACUGUGGAGACUGAAAAGGUCUCCUGGGCGCUUACCACGUCGAGGCCUGCUUCUCCCUGACCUCUGGGGAUCUGAGGUUUAAGCCACUGAAACACACAUAGCGUGACAUCCUGCGCUCCCUGUGCAUAUUGUCAGGAAUUCAACAUGACCUCAGCUCCUUCGUGGUGGACACAUGGCUCCAUACGGGAAGUGGCUGUCCCCUCCCUGGGGCCGGCCCAGGAAGUGUCAUGUCUGACCCGCAUCCAUGGCUGUCGGGCCCCCACAGCUUGGACACCAGCGACACAGGCCAUGAGAGUUUGCUGCCUCUCAUCCUAGGUCUUCACCCUGUGACUUCGGGCCCAGGACCUAACCUCCCAGUUUCCUCGUUUGCACACUGGGGCUAA